AUGUCGCAGAGGGAGCGGCCUUCCUUUCAGCCAUCCCGUCUCUCACUGUCACCGCAGAGCCAGGCUGCCAGUCAUGAGCGAGUCGCUGCAAUCCGAGACGAUGGUCAUGAUCAUUCUUCCUCCGACUAUUCUCAUGGCCCCGGACCAACUCUGGAAGAUCGGUCUAGGCCUCCGUCCGCGCGAUCUCUGGGCAUAAGUGGGUUGAUCAACUCUUCCGAAACAUCAUCAACAGCCCGACGGCUUCUCGGGCCUUCUGGGUCCCCUCGCAUCGCCAACUACAGUCAACAAGGAACGCCUGCCACAACACCGUUGCCUUAUGUCUUUUCAGGCCAGAGCCAUGCUACGCAGGAGCCCGGUACCCCGGCCAGCCAGGCGGGCUUGACUCCUGGCGGCAACACACCCACGGAGCGACACUCGCCUGCGAAUGCGUUUCCCUUUCCAGCAAUGAACAGACCUCGACACUUGUUGAGCCCGCAGCCGUCGGGUCUUGGAGGGAUGGGCGCUGCUGGGUUCCAUCAGACGCAACCCGGGGAUCACCAAGUGCCCCUUCAGCACGCUGAAGCCACCACGCGGAGGCAGUUUCGAGGGGACAGAGACGGCGGCCCUCACUACACUGGUUCCCUACCAGGCCUACCAUUCACGGGACCGCACCCUCCUCUAAGCAAGCCUCAGUCUGCGUCCUUGACACCGCCGCGCUCCUCGUCCCAACCCAAUCUUGGCCAUUUGCCACAGCCUAGCAGCCAAAGUCGACACCCUUUUUCAACGCUGCCGCAGGAGGCCCACGAACGAACCCACGAGCCACAAACUCAACCCAGCCAUCCCUUCGGCUUGCCUCCUCGGACGUACUCGACAUCCAUCCCACCCGGAAGCCCGGUCUGGCCAGGACCUGGACAAGGUACGCCGCUUUACAACAGCAUCCGCUCGAGUGCUGCCGCGGGUGGAUCUGACGGGCAAGCGAUGCUCAGAAUGUCACUCGGGGGUGAUGGAGGAUCCGUUGAUGUUGUCCUUGACAACCGUCAAGCUUCCCGUCAGGCCGACGAGAAGAGGCAGCGCAACGCUGGGGCGUCCGCCCGCUUCAGGAAGCGCAAGAAGGACCAGAUCGGGGCUCUGGAGUCGGAGAAUGUGGAUCUUAAAAGUCAGAUGCAAGUUCUGAUGCAAGAAAGGGAGUGGUUCCGCGCCGAAAGGGAUCGUCUGCGCAACCUGCUACUCCAGACGCCUCUGGCUGAGCAUGCCGCAGGGCCGAAUAGCCCGGUCAUUACUGCAGAGUCUGCAUAUGGCUCGGAAGCAAACCUCCCCAACCAGACAGGCUCAGUGGCGCAGGCACUCCAGGGCUACGGUUCGGGCGACUCGUCGGGGGAGAGGCCGGCUCGCAGGCGAAGGACAAGCGCGACGCCGACGUUCACGACUCCAACAUACGGAACGCCGAACUCGACGCCGGCCAGUCUGCCUCCGAUUAACGCCCCAAUGUACAGCGGCAUGGCUAACUCUCCCUCAAUGAGGCCUGGCGAGAGGCUCCCACCCCUGCGUGCCGUUGAAGGCCACAUGGGGCCCACGUCUGCAAAUGUACCGAGGACAUCGCCGCCUGGCAUGGCACAUGCAAGCCAUGCCAGGGUCCCACAUGAAACGGGCUGGGCAAGCCAGUCUUCAGGCCCGCCUGGACCACCCGGCUCUCAAGGCUUCCCGCCGCAGCCUGGACGGUGA